AUGGUCGGUCCAUUGCUCCGAUCUCUCUGGUCCACCACCACCAGAAAAACCGUCUCUUCUUACUCCUCCAAUUAUCUAAAGCCUCAAUUAUUCGGACGCGCCUUCUCCACGGCGAGCGCCACUACCGCUGCUCCAUACGUCGCUCUGGGAGGUGCUGUGGACCCUAGCCAGCUGAGGAACGUGGCUGUUAUAGCACAUGUCGACCACGGGAAGACCACCCUCAUGGAUAGGCUCCUCCGACAGUGCGGCGCUGACAUCCCCCACGAGCGUGCCCUAGACUCUAUUAGCCUCGAGCGCGAGCGUGGUAUCACCAUCGCUUCUAAGGUUACGUCUAUUUCAUGGAAGGACAACGAGCUUAACAUGGUUGACACUCCUGGACAUGCAGAUUUUGGUGGUGAAGUCGAGCUGGUUGUUGGCAUGGUUGAGGGAGCUGUUUUAGUUGUUGAUGCUGGUGAAGGUCCACUUGCACAAACAAAAUUUGUUCUUGCUAAGGCCUUAAAAUAUGGUCUACGCCCUAUACUUCUUCUGAAUAAAGUAGAUCGACCUGCGGUUACUGAAGAGAGGUGCAAUGAAGUUGAGAGCCUUGUUUUUGACCUUUUCGCUAAUCUUGGUGCUACAGAGGAACAGUUAGAAUUUCCUGUUCUCUACGCGUCUGCAAAGGAAGGAUGGGCUUCAUCCACCUACACAAAAUGUCCUGAUGAUGAUGCCAAGAAUAUGUCCGAGUUGCUUGAUGCAAUCAUUAGACACGUCCCUCCACCAACUGCUAGCCUUGAUGCACCUUUUCAGAUGCUGGUCUCCAUGAUGGAAAAAGAUAAUUACAUUGGGCGAAUUUUGACGGGUCGCAUAUCUAGCGGGAUUCUCCGUAUUGGUGAUAAAGUACAUGGGAUUCGUAGCUCAGAUUCUGGGGUGGUUAAACUUGAAGAAGGAAAGGUUGUGAAACUGAUGAAAAAGAAGGGCACCAGUGUUGCUUCUGUUGAAAGUGCUGGUGCUGGUGAUAUAGUAUCAAUGGCUGGGUUGGCAAGUCCAGCAAUAGGGCACACAAUAUCGACUGUUGAGGUCAUGACUGCUUUGCCUACAGUGGAGCUCGAUCCGCCUACCAUUUCCAUGACUUUUGGUGUAAAUGACUCACCAUUGGCUGGUCGAGACGGUACUCAUUUAACUGGAGGUAAAAUUGGUGAUCGGCUAAUGGCUGAGGCAGAAACAAAUCUUGCGAUAAAUGUGAUCCCUGCUAUGUCAGAGUCGUAUGAAGUUCAGGGUAGAGGAGAGCUUCAGUUGGGUAUAUUAAUCGAGAACAUGAGACGUGAAGGAUUUGAGCUAUCUGUCUCACCACCUAAAGUCAUGUAUAAAAUUGGGAAGGGUGAAAAGCUGGAGCCAAUUGAAGAAGUCACCAUUGAGGUAAAUGAAGAGCACGUGGGCCUAGUCAUGGAAGCCCUAUCACACCGGCGAGGGGAGAUUACUGACAUGGGUCCUGUACCAGGCAAUGUUGGCAGGACUAGACUUUGUCUGACUUGCCCUUCAAGGGGGCUGGUUGGCUAUCGAAGUGUGUUCAGCAGUGACACGCGAGGCACUGGAUUUAUGCACCGUGCAUUCCUCACUUAUGAGAAAUAUCGGGGUCCUCUUGGAAAUGUCAGAAAAGGAGUAUUGGUCUCAAUGGGUUAUGGUACAAUUACUGCUCAUGCAUUGAUGAGUUUAGAAGCUCGUGGGACACUUUUUGUGACUCCUGGAAUGGAGUCAUAUGACGGCAUGAUUGUUGGCGAACAUUCGCGAGAUACAGAUCUUGAUAUUAAUCCAGUGCGGACAAAGGAGCUAACAAAUGUGCGUGCUGCUUGCAAGGAUGACAAUGUGAAGCUAACUCCUCCUCGCCUUAUGACUCUCGAAGAAGCAAUAGGUUAUGUUGCCUCAGAUGAACUCAUUGAGGUUACGCCAAAAGCUAUCCGGUUAAGAAAGAGAUAUCUGGAUGUUGGUAAGCGUAAAGCAAUGAGCAAAAGACCCAAGGAGUGA